GAGGAAGAGUUGAGAUGUCUGAGCUGCAAAAAGCCCGACGAGGAUCUGUCCUUUUUCACAGCAUCACGUCCGAAUCCACCUGACGUGAAACAGACCGUCCCCCUCCCUCACAUAUCCUUCACACUCACACACUCACUCACUCACACACACACACACACACACACACACACACACACACACACACACACACACACACACACACACACACACACACACACACACACACACACAGAAGGAGCUGGAGAAGCGGUUAAAUGUGGACCGCAGUGGCACCGACAGCGUGUUGCCUGCAGCAGACGGCGAUGCAACAGCAUCAUCUCUGGCACCGGGGAGACUAACGCUGCUGCUGCUGCUGCUGCUGCUCCAGAGAUAACAUCAUAUUUAGUGGUAUGAAGAAUAGGGAGCUGUUAGAGGCGUCCCACGGGCAUGUUUGUCCUCUGGCCUGUCCACCUGUGUGUCUCUGCCCUGCACACACACACACAUACUCUGGAAGGGAGAAGAAAGACCGUCUAAAAAUAAACUGACAAGCACCACCAGCAGAAAAACACAAACCAAACCGACAAAUAAAAGAAGAAGAGGACAAAGAAGAAUCUCUCCUUUGUUUUGUCUCUUUCGCUCUGUUCAACACACUCCCUGUUCCAUUUCUGUUUCUCUGUCCUCAUUACGAGCCCAGAGGAGGUCAUGUCCCAGUCUGGAAAAGUCCUUCAUCUGUAUGUGGAAGUGAGGUCUGCCCCAGAUCAGAAUGGAGGGAAAGGGACAUUUGGGGGAAAUGAAGAAGGGAUUGCUCAAGGGCGUGCACUUCAGGACAGUCCUGCAGAGCUCCUGUCUCAGCUGGCGACCCAGACGACCUGCCAGGCAGUCACCAAGUCCUCCGCGGCUCAUCGUCUGGUCCAGGACUGCACACACAGCCAGUCUCCAUCUCGAAACACCGUCAGCUUUCAGCUCCAGCAAGCCAGCAGCUCACCGAAGGUCAGCAAACGUUGGAGUUUACCCUGUGAUGGAGCCUCUGCCAGCCACUCUUCUCCAGGAAAGGUCGCCAUCCCUCACACGCCUCCCAACUGUCGGAGGCUAAAUGAGGAGGAAGUCAGCAGCGGGAAGCGGUCAGUGGUCACCUUUAGUUACGUUGAGAAGUCCAAUGUGCAGACCGUUGGCAGCCCACGCAACUCUGUGCACGAGAGAGGGACCAGAGAGGAAAGAUCCACCCCCUCCCACUUUCGGAAACGGCUCAGUGACCCAGUUUGGUUUGGGAGUCCUGAUUCAUCGUGCAGCUCCAGUCCCAAACUGACUUUCCGGUCACCAGGAAGUCACCAGCAGACGUUCUCUCCAGGCCUUCGCCAACCACCCUUGGACCCCAUCGGCAGGGCAGCUACCCAAAGGGCUGUGGAGGAGUUUGGCUCCCCUUUACUGAGGAUUAAACUGGCCCAUGCACUUGAGCACACAUCAUUCUCACGCUACAGUCAACAGCCACGCUGUCAGUCCUGGGCUGGGUCGCCUGUUCAGCGGCAAAACAUCAACGUAAACCCCAAAGACCACGUCACAGAUAGGAGCCAGGCUAUUUGUGGGCUGCCUCGCAGCCCGGCGUCAGACCAGCUGUCCUCCCAGUCCAGGCAGUCUCCUCGUGCGAGGCCUGGGUCCUGUGUGGAGCCCCAGAGCUUUCUUCACUGGUCAGGAGAGGAGAGAGCUGUGGCCGGAAGCCCAGCCACCAAAAGACACAUUCAAAGGAGGACAUUCAACAGGAGCACUUCACCGCAGGGAGCAAUUCUUCAACUUGGCAAUAAUGUAGUCGAGGGCUUGAACCAGUUAAGCGACAGUAAAUCCUCCUCUCCAGCUCACAGCCCCGAAGUUGCUCGUCGGCUAGCAGAGGAGGCUACCAAAGUAUCUUCUAUUUUCACAGAGGCAAGAAAGUCCUCAUUGCACAAUGCUUUAGGCGAGCAUGCAAGCAGCUCGAUCUCUGGAGAGUUUCACAAUUCGCCUCCAAAUGCACAACAGUCUAAGCAAACGCUUAAGAUGAACAUCCCUUUAAAUGAUCAACACACGCCAGCAACUGACAACACAGACUCGCACCAGCCUGAAAACUCGAUCUUGCUGUCACAUUCACAUAAUACAAACUCCCUUAAUAACUAUGACACUCAGCAGGAGGUCUGCGUUCAGAAAUCCCAGCAUCAGAGCUCAAUUUUAUCAGCAGCUCAGAGUUCACCGGCCCUUCCUUCACGUUUUCUCCGUCCCUCUCAUCCUCCCACUGAGCUCAGCUCUCCCAUUAGGGACCCCAGACUAUUCCAAGCUGAGCUCCGAGCACCAGAUACCCCCACCCUACACCGCCGCCAGACCCCACAGUACACCGGAGACUCCUGGUCCCCGAGCCUGGACAGGAGAGGAGACCUGAGCUGUUUUGAGAGAGGGGAUUGCACUGAGCUAGCUCGUAGGCUCUUUAUCAAUCAAAGUGUUGAGGAGGCGCCGGUCAGCUGGACCACCAGGCACCUGUGGGGGAUUCAUGUGGAGAACAGCCCAAGGCCAAGCCCUGAGACUGGAUUUGGGUCCAACAAUGACCGACCUCCUAAUCGUCAAUUAAGCCAACGUCGCAGGCCACUCAGCCCCACGGCUCAGCAGAAACGGGCCGAGCAGAGGAGGAGAGAGAUCCUGCUUCUGGGACCAGUGGUGCUGGACUCCCCAGAGGAGGACGAGGGCUGUGAUGAAGAGGAAGGAGAAGGCAAUGAGGUGGAGGGAUAUAGGGCUGGGCAGCAGCCUCGCCUACAGAGGAUUGAGGAGCCUCCAGAGGCAGAGCAGAACGGAGCGAUGGGAGGGUCGUCCUCACGGAGCUCCAGUGGGGUGACGGGCAGCCUGGGGGACAGGGACUGUGUUUCCCCGGAGUCCAGCCAGUCCAGUCACCAGAGCAACGAGACAGGGGCUGCCACCUCAGGAAUACAGACGGAUAGCGCCUGUGCGGUGCCUGUGCCCUCGCUCCAUUGUCAGAGGAUUGCACGUGCCAAGUGGGAGUUUUUGUUCGGGACCCCUGCUGAGGAGGCUGCUAGCAGGGGGGAGAAAAACUCUCUGGAAAACUCCACAGCUCCUCCCAGUGGUAACUCCAGUGAGUCUCCCACCCCGACUCCCCCUACCUCCCUGCCUCUGCUUUCUGCCAAUCAUGAGGUGCAGCAUGUGGAGGUAGAGCUGGUGACCCCUCCCCCAACCAUCAUCGGGACAUCACCCAAAACCGGGAUAAUUCGCCGGACGCUCAAGUAUUCAGAAACCGACCUGGACGCUGUCCCGCUGCGCUGCUACCGCGAGACGGACAUAGACGAGGUGCUGCUGGCUGAGCAGGACGACGCCGACUCUGCGUUUGGGAGUAACCGAAGCGUGCAGGGCACCUCAGGGACAGGCAGCAGCCCUCUGCGGGGUCUGGCUUAUCGGAGGACAGAUGGGGAGGGGGUAGAGGAGAGAAGAGGUGGAAGGGAGGAGGAAGAGGAGGAAGAUGACGAGGAGGAAGACGAGGAAGAGGAAGAAAUGGUGAGCUGGGCCAGUGUGCGGAUGCAAGGAGACAACAGGAAGCAGCAGUAUGCAGCUCAGGAGAAGCCGGAGGUGUUUGGACACCUUCUGAAGAGGCCAAUGGAAACGUUUUUUGACAACCACCACCCGGCCCUGAAAUCCCCCAUCUUGGUCUCUGGUCCUCGAUGUGCUGCAGAGGACACCUUCAGCCGCCACUUUGAGAGCAUCAUGGAGUCUCACCGAGCCAAGGGGACGUCAUACAACAGCCUGGACAGUGAGGAGCUGCUGACCUCGAGCACCCAAACAGUCCUGACCUUUGACCUGCCCACGCUAACCCCUGCCAUCCACGGGCUGGUCUGCCAUAGCGCCAGGCAGAUCGUGCAGCUCAGCUUUGCCCCGCUGGCACACGACGAGAGACCUAGUCUGUCCGAUUCUAUCUUUACCAUGACUGGGGACUCGGACGCCACCAGAGCCCCCUCCAGUGAGAGGCUGAGCAGCGGCUCAGAUGACACGCCGCCCAGAGGACGAGAGUGUGCACAGCUGGGGAGCAGCUGGUACAGCAACCCGUCCUUCUCUUUACCAAGCAGGGAGAAGGCCCGGCUGGCGACAGAUUCGGAGCUGGACCAGGACCUCAGUGACAGGCUGGGUCUGGGCAGCAGCGACACCCUCACCAACGGCAGCCACCGUGCCGACAUGGCGGCCGCCAAACGCCUUGCCAAACGUCUCUUCAACUUGGACGGCUUCAGGAAGUCUGACGUCGCGCGCCACCUCAGCAAGAAUAAUGACUUCAGCCGUAUGGUCGCAGAGGAGUAUCUGAGUUUCUUCAACUUUACAGGCCUCGCUCUUGACCAGGCAUUGCGGACCUUCCUCAGGCAGUUUGCCCUGAUGGGGGAGACUCAGGAGAGGGAGAGGGUGCUGUCACACUUUUCUAGGCGUUACCUGGACUGCAACCCCAAAGUCAUGCCAUCAGAGGAUGCAGUUCACACUCUCACCUGUGCCCUAAUGCUGCUGAACACUGAUCUACAUGGCCAGAACAUUGGCAAGAGGAUGUCGUGCACACAGUUCAUUGGCAACCUGGAGGGACUGAACAACGGCCAAGAUUUUCCCAAGGAUCUGCUUAAAGCUCUCUACAACUCCAUCAAGAAUCAGAAGCUUCAAUGGACACUUGACGAGGAAGAGCUGCGGAAGUCGUUCUCGGAGCUGGGGGACAGCCUGUGCGACUCCAACACCUCCAAGUCCAUGAAGAGGGUGGGCAGCAGCGGGAAGCCCCUGUCGGAGGAAGAGACGCAGCCGUCGGGAAUGCUGCUGUACAAGAACGGGUUCCUGGUUCGCAAAGUCCACGCCGACUCAGACGGCAAGAGAACACCAAGAGGGAAAAGAGGGUGGAAGACCUUCUACGUCAUCCUGAAAGGGUUAAUUCUCUACCUGCAAAAGGGGGAGUACAGGCCUGAUAAGCAGCUGUCUGACGAGGACCUGAAGAACGCCGUGUCCAUCCAUCACUCUCUGGCCAUGAAGGCUUCAGACUACAGCAAGAGGCCCAACGUGUUUUACCUGCGCACCGCCGACUGGAGGGUGUAUCUCUUCCAGGCACCGAACGCGGAGCAGAUGCAGUCCUGGAUCACACGGAUCAACACAGUGGCCACCAUGUUCUCGGCUCCUCCUUUCCCAGCAGCCAUCGGCUCUCAGAAGAAGUUCAGCCGGCCGCUGCUGCCGGGGACGAUGUCAAAGCUGUCUGAGGAGGAGCAGGUCAGAUCCCAUGAAGCUCGAUUCAGAGCCAUCUCCACUGAGCUGGCCGAGCUGCGCUCUUAUCCUCCUGACCGCAAGGUCAAAGGUCGCGAGCUGGAAGAGUACCGCCAGCGAGACGAGUAUCUGGAGUUUGAGAAAACACGGUACGGGACUUACGUCAUGCUGCUGCGAGCUAAAAUCCGAAGCGGCGAGGAGGACCUGUCUGUGUUUGAGUCCCAGCUCCUGGAGGACAACGGGCUGCAGAGGGCUCACUCCAGCCCCACGCUGCAGGACAGCAGCCAGGCCAGCCAGGCCAGCAGCACCAGGGACGGCGCCAACAGCAGCAAAGCCAGCGGCUGCAGCAGCAAAGUCCGACAGGAAGGCCAGAGACACAGCUACCGACAGGCCGUCAAGAAGUGAGACAGGGCGGGGGCGCCGGGAGCGGCACGGCGUUGCACUGCCAGCGGCAGGCUGUCUCCCUGCAUAGGUUUUUAUUUGAGAUCCAGGAGCUCUGCUUGACGGGGGAGCUGGAGUGAGGGUCUGCUACCCCACGCCCUCCCCCAACCAUGACGCCCUACCCGGCACCCCAAUCUUCUCAUCUACCAGAGGAGGUGCAGAUCCUGUGACUGGCAGAGCGGCUGGGAAAAGACACCAGCGGGGAUGUUGGUGCAGGAGGUGGGAGGAACAGCUGGGGGGGUCACAGAUCUGCAGAGGCCAGGUGUCUUUGACAGCUGGGUGCGGUGGCAGACUGAACUGUGCACUGAGAUAAAGGGGGUGCUCACAGAUUGAACAGGGCACCACACAGGGACCUACAUCCAGCAUCCUUUCCUUUUCUCUCCCCUUUUGUUCUUUGGAGGCACCUCUCCGGCCGCGUUCUCCCACCUUUCUUCUCGACCUUUCACUCAGUUCUGGGACCAAACUUGUUUACACAUUUUAAAACAAACAUCACAUUUUAGACGACUGAUGAUUUGACUGCAGUUGAGCUGUUACCGCCUCUCUGAUUCAGAGAGCCGUAAUAGUCACUGGACCUGUCAAACAUCACCAGGUCUUUUACGGAGCCAUUACAUUCCAGCUCCUCUUUUUUUGCCACAUCGCCACGGUGUGUUCACAUUCCAUUACAGGAGCGGGACAUUACAGCUUUUAGCUCCUGCUUGCACAUAUUUCACUGAAGGCGGUAUCAGCUACGGACAGUGCACAAACACGUGAAGAAGAAGUGUGAUGAAGAAGAGGGCGAGGCUGCAGCACACAACACGAUGAGAUGCUGCAGCUCGGCGCGGCUCGUCUCUCCUCUUUCCUCCAGUCGCUGACGUCCAGUUGGAGGGCGGCAGCAUCAGUAGAAGUCCACAGUACUCCUGAUCAAAAGAGGUCUUUUUCUUUUGUUUUUGUUUGUUUGUUUUUUUUCUUUUUGUUGUUGUUUUUUUUUUGCUCUACUUGAACCGGCGAUCUCUCCUCGAGUUGCUUUCGCUUCUGUCCCGUGAUGUGCUUCUGUUCUUUCUACUUCUUGGCCGAAUGUCGUUGUUUUCUCCAGUGAUCCGCAUGCCUGCAUCCAGCACAGCUUCUUUUAGGCCUUUUUACUACGUCGAGGGCGAAAACUGAGAGCAGCAAAGUUAUUCCUCUAGGGUCAUGUUUCGUCCUUCUCCUCAUGCCGGUGCCAUAUCCCAACACGUGUAACCUUUGUCUGUACUUAUAGCCUCUCUCAUUUCUAUAAACCCUAUUUUAACACUCACCAGGCAGACCCUGAAUGUUCUUGUUUUUCAAUAUUUUUACAGUAUUUUACAGUCGUUUGUUGAUGUUGAACCUACUCCUCCUCCUGUGUACGUCAAGUGUAUGAAGAAAUAUGAUAUUGAAACUGUAAAAGGAAAUAUGUUACCCAUACUCUUUGUAAACAUCCAGGAUAUGUUGUGUAUAUAUAUAACUCACCAUCUGCUGUACGCUUAUAUUGUAGGAUAUAUGAUAGUAUAUUUACAAUAUAUUCAACGCACUGUUGUGAAGACGCAUUAGGUACACGCAGAGUUGGCAUCUUGUAAGUCCCAAAAGCGCUACACGAUAAUCAUAUGUUUUUUUGUUUUGUUUUUCUUAUAUGGUGGAAAUAAUUCAGCACAAUAUGAGUAUUAUAGUAAAGUCUAUGUACCUAUCAAAGAUUAGUAAGUGAUCAAAGGGGCUUUGUGACAAGAUUACGCCACAUGGAAGAGAAAAAAGUUCAAUGCUGCUGUGGAAAAUGGCCUGAGAGCAUGAUUGUUGUCAGAGAUGCAUGAAAAAAGGUGAAGUAUGUAAAAAAAAAAAAAAAAGGUAAAAGAAAGAAAGGCUGUGAGGACAGGUCUGGAAACAUAUAAUGUUAGGGAACGUAUGAUUUUGGUAGCCAUAUACACCUCAUAGCAUUAUAUGAUGUAUAGCCAUUUUCUACUCAGGCUUUUAAGCGACACCUUUGAGCAGCUGCAGUGCCAGCGUCCGACCAGCAGGGAGAGCUGUUCAGCUUUCAGUUCCCUUCUUUCAGCCAUAAUCACACCUGCUGCACCUGCAGUGAAUAUGCAUGGCAUCACCCACUCACCUGAGGACGAGGGGGGGAUGGGUAUCGCAGGGCUAAAUGAGUUAGAGGACCUGUUUGUAUAACUAUGGAUGUCAAAGUGUGUGAGUGUGAGUGUGUGUGUGUGAGCGUGUGUGUGUUCAGAGAUGGCUGUACAGAACCUUCCAGCCAGUGAAGUGAAGGAAUAUUCAGGCUUAAUCACAGCAUAGUGUUUUGCCUCUGCUGAAACUAUUGUUGAUGAAUCAAUCAGCAGAUUGACAGGAAAUGAAUCUGCAAGUCUUUUGAUGAUCAAUUUAAUGUUGAAGUCAUUUUUAAAGCAAAAAAAAAAAAAGCCAAAUAUUCCCCUAAACUAAUUUAUGUAAGAUUUAUAUAAGAUUUACUUCUGUCCUUGUCUUCUGUGAGAGUUAAAGUGAGUAUCUUUGCAUUGUAGAGAGCUUGUCGGACAAGAGAGGUGGAGCUGCAACUAAUGAUUAUUAUCACUUAUUGAUUUAUCUGUUCAUUAUUUUCUUGAUUAAUCAUUUUGUCUCAGAAAAUGAUGAAAAAUGUCAUUUUUGGAGUCCAGCAGCCCAUAAUAUUCAGUUUCUAAUUGUAGAAAACUAAACCAGCAAAUAAUCACUUGUUUGUUCGUUUUUUUUUUUUUGUUUGUUUGUUUGUUUGUUUGUUUCCCCCUAAAAAAAAAAGACCCAAAUGAGUAAUCAGAUACCAACUAUUUUUAUUGGAUCCAACUAAUCAAUUACUCAACUAAUCACUGCAGCUCUAAAACAAAGCUGAUUUUCACUGGUUUUGGGACAUUUUGUCGAUUGGUCAAUUAAUCCAUAAUGAAAAUGAUAAUUACUUGUGGCUCUGCUGCAGUUUUUAUUUUCAUCCACAUCUCAUCUGCUUUUCUUGUCUGCACUCUUCCAUCACCUCUGUCCAUCACUUUUCUUUUCAGUCUGGUGGUUUUAAAAAAAAAAAAAAAAGUUUAUGUGUAUAUUUGUUUCAAAACUGACCUUGAUCCUGCACCUUUUAUCAGUUAUUUAACUUGACAUUACCGCUGUGUAUUUAUUAAUAGUUGAAUCUGCUGUUUAUGAUGUGGCCAAACUGUCGAGGAGCAGCCAGACUCAGCGCUCAGUGUUCAUGGUCUCUUAAGAAGAGGGACGAUGAGUUUUGAUUCAUUCUUGAAGAUUCAGUCACAUCAGAAAAAAUCUCUCAGAAUUUAUCCUGAAAACUUAAAUUCUUUUUAUUCCACAUUUAAGCAGGUAUCACCUACGUUACAUUUUGACUAGAAAUAACUUUAAAAUCAUUUGAUUUCCACACUGCAUCUCUAGUUGCACCAUUUACAACAAGCAGCCACAGAUCACACGGAUCAUUUAACACAAAUUUAGCACAAACACAUUGUACAGAAAAUGUGUCCUGGAGCUUUUGAUCAUAUCACACAACCUUCUUCAGCACAUAGAGUUCAUCCAGAUGCCAUGAGAAUGUAGUUAUUGAAAUGUCCUAUUGAUCCUUUCGAUCUCAAACUUUCCCCAGGGUCAAUGAGACAGAAGGAAAUUCAUAAACUAUUUCUAUAGUCAUUUUUCAAGCGUUUUCUGGUUGUAGCGUCUCAGAUGUGAAGAUUCUUUGACAUAUACGACAGUAAAAGAAAUCUAUAUCUAAAUCAAACGAUUUAAUGAUGUCACCUGAACUUCGGAAAUUCUAUUUUUGCAAACUUCACAGACUAAAGGUUUAAUCAAGGAAAUACUCAGCAGGUUAAUCAAUAAUAAUGAAAAAAAAAACACCUCCUGAGAUUUUCAAAAUGAAAGAACAACUGAAAAAUCAACAUAAAGCUUUUAAAAUACACUUUGGCUCCUUCAUGUGUGUUUUGGUCUGUACUGGACUCAGUCUUCACACAACCUUGACAAAUCAUACAUUAAUUGAAAGCUCUAAGUUUCCUGAUUGAAUCUGUUCAAAUCAAUUUGUCAUUGCAACAGCUGUUGAUACAGAACUGGUUGAGACUUUUGGCUCCAAAGUGUUUGCCACAUAAAAGGUAUCUAUUAAAAAUCCAUUUUUUUAUGCCAAAAAAUAGACAAGGCAAAAAAAAGAAGAACUUACAUUUCUACUGUGUUUGUGCCUCUGUAACUUUGGGCUCUGACAUUCUGAUACUUGGUUGUAAAAUGUAAAGAGUUGCCUUUGAAAGGAGACCAGGGUUAUGAUUGUAAUCUAAAGGUUUGACGAAGAGAGACCUUUUAUUUUGGACACAUUAUUUCCAGGCUUGUGCACAACAACGGGGGUGUCUGUUAGAGGGUUAAAUGGAAAAUGUAUUUGGAGACUGCACUGAAAAAAGUGACAACAAAUCAACCACAAUUAGUGUAGUAACUUCAUCCUGCUGCAUUCUAGGUACAGUCCAUUCAGUGUGGAUGGAUGUGGUAUAAAAGGAAGACAGUUUUUCAGAGCUUCCACCUUGGCAAAGUCUCCAAGGUCCCCUCCCCUCUCCUCCCCUCCCCACCCUCUCUCUCCCCCCUGUGUGUUGUCACCACUCACUUACAUCAAAGAGCAGCUGCAGGAUCUCCAUGGCACUGGUUAGCAUGGAAAUGGCUGGUUCCCCUGGUGACAGCUCUGUGAUGCUCAAGUGAAAGUCACCUCGUUGUACUGCGUCCACAGCGGUAGAACAACCUCUGUGGAAGCAGCAGUGCAUGCCUGCAGCAGUCUGGGCGAGCUGUCCUCUGAACGUGCACCUGUUUCCAUCACAGCCUCAUUUCUGAAUGUGACAUGUAAAUAAAGCAUGAGAUAUUAUGGCCUGCUUUCAUUUAUAUUAUGGUUAGAGUAUUAAAAGAAGGGUUAAUAUAUAAGGUAGGUCAACAUUUUUUCCCUGUCCUUGAGCUCAUGUUUUUUUUUGUUUUGUUUUUUUUUAUCAAUGUGAAUGAAGGAAAUGGCUAUAUUUAAUGCUGUUGUACGCUGUUGUGUUUUAGAGACUCGAGCCAGCUCAUACAAAUCUUUUUACAUGUAAAGGUCUCAUCUGAUCCAUCUCAGUGUUUUUUAGACUGGUGCAGGUAAGGCAAUGUUCAUUUUAUGCUAUACAUACAGUGAGCUACAUGUGUCACUGCCUUGUUAAAACUCACCAAGGAAAUGUUGUUUGUGCAGCUUCUCAUUUUGGGAGGCGUAGAAGAUAAAAAUAAAAGUGUUUUGAAAGGUU